CAUUCUGGGAGUGACAUAUUUCUCAGGUGUUCAAACUUUCGUCAGGUGAGAAGAUUCGAAAAGGUGUAAGGUUACAGUUCUCGGGUGUCUUUGUGUUCUUAUAGGUUCUGAGAACCAGAAUUAUGUUCAGUUAGCUAAAUGUGAGCCUGUGAAGACUGAACCAUGGCCCAGCAGUAUCAUCUGAAGUUUGAUGGCAGUGCUGCUGCUUCAGUGGACAAGUACUUGGAGUACAGAAGAAUUGUAGGAGAGGAUGACGGUGGCCAGUUGUUUACUCCAGAGCAGUAUGAGGAGUAUAAGAAGAAGGUCCUCCCCAUGCGGCUGAAGAACAGACUGUACGUGAGCUGGUCCUCUCCGACUGGCAUGGACUGUAAACAGGUCGGACCAGAGACUCCGUGUUUCUGUGGGCACAGGUACAAGCAGCAUAAGACAGAUUUCCAGAAGCUCCCUGAGGAUCGCCCCAUCAGCCUGCCGUGCCGGGUGAACGGGUGUAAGUGUGCGGCGUACCACUACGUCCCUCUCAACGGCAGCCAGCCUAUCAGGUGUGGCUGUAAGCACUACGCCGACAACCACUCGGAGCUGUUCCCGUACAGGUGCAGGAAAGUUGCCCCAGGUGGUGCGACCUGUAACUGUCCCGGGUUCAAGAGUUCGUUCACCUGCGGCUGUGGACAGGCGACUUACCGACACGAGACACUGGUGGAGACCAAGGAUGAGAGGGAGGCAAGAGGCCACCCAGUGGGCUGUGACGUCCCGUAUGCAGCUAUGGGAGGACUGACUGGCUUCAGCUCUCUGGCUGAUGGAUACAUGAGACUGGACCCCAGUGGCAUUGGUGACCCCUACCCCGACGGUUACCUGUUUGACCCGAUCGGCGUGGACGACCACCCGUUCCUCCGGGCGCACGCCAACACCAUCCGACAGGUCGAAGGUCAGCGGCAGCUGCAGGGGGCGGGGGGCGUGCCGGCGCUGACCAAUCAGAUGUCAGAGAUGAAGAUGGAGGGAGAGGAUGACAUGGCGUACUUCGAGAGGCGAUACCAGGAGAGGCUGAAGGCAGAGAAACAGAGAGCGCGCCAGCCAGCUAUCAGGUCUGCAACUUCGCAGCCUCGCGUCGGGGUGCGUAAAACACCCGCGUCCGGGAAGGCACGCGGGAAAAAACCUUGAAAUAUCAAACAUGGCGUCAGAGACUGCACAGCUGUGCAAAUACUGUAAGAGCAGAAACUUAAAGGGCAGGAUGAAGUGGAAAAGUGAAGAAUUCUUGAGAUUAUAAUGUACAUUUGACAAUCCAGACCAGGGUUACAAAUGGUUGCCUUCUUUUUUGAUAGGGAUUCAACAUGGAAAAUUGAAUUCUUGAUUUGUGACUUUUACCAUACCAUUGAAUGCAUGAUAGCAAUUGCAUUGGUCACAACAGAGGUGUGCGUUGUAAUCAUGGUUAAAAAUAGAGAUAUUCAACAAGUAGGUAAACAAAUCCUGCACAUGAUACUUAAAUAAACAAUACAUAGCACUAAAUACUGCUAUUUUACUACUGUGUCACAUAAAAAUAGGUACAUGUAGAUGCUAGGGUUGUUGAAUUACAUGCAGAGUUUUUAUGGUUUUAUUUUUCGUAACUUAGGGAAACAUCUAUGCAAGACUUAUGUAGGCAAAUAAUGUUGCAAAAUAUACAGUGAGAAUGUACAUGUGUGUAGUUCUUCACACUUAACACUAAAGUUGCCGU